GUGAAUGGGGAGCGGCGCCGCAGCCCCGUGACGUUGCCAGCUCCCUCUGAUUUCAGCUUAAUGAAAUCAUGCCCAAACGAAGGCUCCACGUCUGGAGUUACGACUCCGACCCCGUGAUCACUCACUUUUAUAUAUACACGAGGGAGGGGAAAAGCGUUUCCAUAGAGAGAAUAAAACCAGCUGAGCCCUCUUUAAGAACAAGAAAAGCAAAGCAAGGGGCGCAGAAGUUCAGGGCAACGCGCCUGAUGCUUCUCUCCUUGGAGUGAGCCCACAGCAAUCCUUUCCCAUCCCGACCACUGAGGACUACCAGGCCACCGCGAUGUCCCACUGCAGGCUGCUGCUCCUCCUCGCCCUGCUCUGUGCCACCGAGAGCAGCCGGGCUCUCCAUCUGUACAACCCCACCUCCAUCCUCAGCUGCCUCAACGCAGCCCUUGCCGAAGGCCAGAAGAGCUUCCCGGAGGAAAACACCGCCUUGGACAAGCGCAGCUUCGAGUCCCCAUCGCUGGAAGAGGGCUCUGAGGAGCAGGAAGGGGAUAACGUGGCAGAGGAAGAGAUAGGGAAAAGGACGUUCCCAGGGGAAGGCCAUUACAAAUACGUGUCCCAAGCGCAGGUGAAGGGGAAGUCGUACCAAAACCGAGCCAAGAGCGACCGCCGCACCAAGGUCACCCUCUCCCUCGACGUCCCCACCAACAUCAUGAACAUCCUCUUCAACAUCGCCAAAGCCAAGAACUUGCGGGCGAAGGCGGCUGCCAAUGCCCACCUCAUGGCGCAGAUCGGGAGGAGGAAGUGACCCUCCAUGGGCCAGAGGGGACUGAUGGCCAUGUACGAUAGCAGUGUUGUAUAGUUUUGACCCAUCGAGCUCACUUUCAUAUCUCUUCUUUGUCCUGCUCUCCUCCCUGCUCUCCUCCGUCGCUCCUCCUGGACAUUUCCAUGCACAGGGAAGAGGCUCAUGUCUGCUCCAGGGCAAGGGGACUGGUCA